AAAGAAAUAUUUUUGACAGAUUGUGUAUGAGCGAAAAUUUCGCAUUUUGUGGAAAAGUGCAUGAAAAUAGUGGAAAAUCAAGAGGGAGAGUGCUAAAAUCUCUCAAAAUUAAUUGCACGGCAACCAGACAUUUUUCCCGCUUUUCCGGCUAAUUUGGGGCACGGAAAUGAUGUCGUGGAACCCGGCAUGGCAGGCACAAUUCGCCUCGGUGCAGAACAUCAAUGAGGCAAUGUUCAAUGCCAUGUCGAAUGAGCAGAAGACGCAGAUUCAUCAAAAUUGGCAACAAUGGCAGCAGUAUCAGCAGCAAUAUGCUGAGUGGCAUGCUCAGUAUGGGGAACAGUACGAGAAAGAGAUGCAGAAGCAAAAGCACCAGCAGCGACCUAUAAAACAGCAGCCACAAAUUACUGCACAGACACAUCAGGCAAUGACAAUGGCAGGUCAGGUUGCGUAUCCUGCAUACCAACAGAGUAUGUCCUUUCAGAAUCCGUCUGUUGCGAUGUAUCAGACUCAGGCGGUUGUUCAGGCUCAGCCUAUUCCAACAGUGCAAACUACUGUUGCUCCUCCGCCUCCACCGCCUGAGAAUCAGCCACCUCCACCUCCACCACCAGGGGAGGGCGGAUUCCAGGCAGGUCCAUCUGCGAUACAGGCGGUAGGGCAAGGAGGUUACUACGGGCAGCAAAAUCAGUUUGGGCAACAGCAGCAGCAGAACCAGUUUGGCCAGCAACAAAGUCAAUUUGGACAGCCGCAGGGCCAAUAUGGGCAACAACAUGGUCAAUUUGGGCAACAGCAGACCCAAUUCGGGAAACCACAAGGGCAGUUUGUUCAGGAGAAAAGCUGGGUUAGAGGUACAGCAAAUCAAUUCAAUAAUCCGAAUCAACAGAGAAAUCAAAAGAAUCAGCCCAAUCAGCGAAACCAGAUGAAUCAGAAUCCCAAGAAUCAGGGAAAUCAGAUGAAUAAGGGCAAUCAGAUGAAUCAGAAUACUGGCGGUAAUCAAUGGAAUCAGAAAAAUCCUGGUAAUCAGAGGAAUCAGAAUAAUCCUGGGAACCAGAGGAAUCAGAUGAAUCAGCCUGGGAACCAGGGAAAUCAAAUGAAUCAGCCUGGGAACCAGAGAAACCAGAUGAAUCAGCCUGGGAACCAGGGAAAUCAAAUGAAUCAGCCUGGGAACCAGAGAAACCAGAUGAAUCAGCCCGGUAACCAAAAGAAUCAGAAGAAUCAGAUGAACCAACCUGGUAACCAGUGGAAUCAAAUGAAUCAACCUGGUAAUAAACCUGGUAACCAGUUUGGCAAUCAGCCUGGUAAUCAACCGGGUAACCAGAGGAAUCAGAUGAAUCAACCCGGUAACCAGAAAAACCAGAUGAAUCAGCCUGGUAACCAAAAGAAUCAAAUGGGGAAUAAGAAUCAGGGGAAACAGAAUCCCAACAAGAAGAAUCAACAGAUGCAACAACAAAAUACCCCAGGCCAGUCAAAUCAACGCAAUCCAAGGCAAGCCCAAGGGAAUCCUGGGCAGAUGAAUCAACGCCAACAACAGAAAUUCGGACAAAAUCAGCAGAAUUUUGGGAAGAAUCAACAAUUCGGUCAGAACCAGAAUUUCGGGCAAAACAAGCAGAAUUUCAACCAAAAGAACUUCGGACAGAAUCAACAGUGGAACCAACAGAAUAAUGAUUCAUGGGGGCAACAGCAGGGACGUCAACAAGGACGGAAUAAUUGGGAUUGGAAUGCAAAUCAACAGCAAAACCGGCAGAAUGUUAUGGGAAACCAUGAUUCCUACGGAGGUUACAACUACGGUCAGGAUAGCUAUCAGAAUGAAUAUGAGGAUGAUUACUAUCCUGAAGAUAUGGACAUUGAAUAUGAGCAGAGUGAAAAUUUUAGCCAGGCUACACCGAGUCAACCACAAGCUUCCAAUGAGACGUUCUAUGAUGAUAACUUCGAUGCUAUUCCUCAGGCUUCAUCACAGAUUCCUCCGACUGGUAAGCCAGAGGAGGCGUCGCAGAAGGUCCCACCGGAGAAGGAUAAAACCGCAGAGGAGCCUGUGGAAAAAGAUGAGGAUGAAUUGAGAUUUGAUGAACAAUUCAAAAAUUGGGAAGAGCAAUUUUUGAAUUGGAAGAAGGAGAAUCAAAAUCAUCCAGAUCGCAAUGCGUACAGGGAGUACGAGAUGAAGUUUGAGGAAUGCCGUAAGAAUUUACUUGAGCGCAGAGAACAGAUGCGAAAGCGCAAACAGAUGGAGAAGUUGAAGGCUCAGGAAGAGAAGGCGAAAAAGAAUCCUCCGGAAGUUCAGCCGUCAAGCUCAGAUGCUGCAAGUAAGCCGGCUGAGAAACAAGCGGAGGAACAAAAGAAACCCGAUGACGGGGCAAAAAGUCUUCAGAGUAGUUCAAAUGUGGUAGAAGAUGAUGGACAACCACCACAGAAGAAGGAAAAGUUGGAGAAUUUAGAGCGUCUCUUUAGUUCGUCAUCUGGUUCAAUUCCUGGUUUAGAUUUAGUUCCCGAGGGAAGUGAGACUGCUAAUGCGAUAGAAUUGAUAAAUCAGGCAAAAAAGGGAGCAAAUCUGGAGGAGAUAUCGCGGAAUAUUACGUCCUUACUGAAGACACCCAAUUUAAUGAACAUCCUAUCGAUGGUUCAGGGGAAAACUACGGGUGGUAGUGACAUUCCGGCUCAAGGAGAUACUCCUGAAACGCCAAAUGAUGCGUGGACUGAUAAUAGAGAUCCUUGGGGUGAUGUGGGUGCUAAUAGAAAUCAGGAUGAAGGAAAUAUUCCUGAUUCACAUCCAGAUGGUGGAUUUCAAGGAGAUUACGGACAGGAUGAUGCUGGUUAUCAGGAUGAUUAUGGGCCAGACGAUGCUGGUUACCGGGAUAACUACGGUCCAGGCGAUGGUGGAUAUCAGGAUAACUACAGACAGAAUAAUCGUGGUUUCCCUGAUAAUCGUGGUUUCCCGGAUAAUCGUGGUUUCCCAGAUAAUCGUGGUCCGCAAGAUCGUUUCCAAGGGAACUUCGGACCGAAUGAUCGGCGAUUCCCAGAUGAUGGAUACGGUCGGAGGUUUGGAGAUGACUUUGGCCCAAAUGUUGGCCCCAAUUUCGGCCCAAAUGAGCGUCGUUUCCCUGAUCGAUUUGGCAUGAAUCAAGAACGGAGAAUGUUUGAUGACUUUGCGCAGCAAGAUCGUCGAUAUCCCAACGAUUUUGACAACUACAGUCAACAUUCUGGCGGUAAUUGGAAUAGCCGAAGAGACUUUGCAGAUCGCAUGAAUGACUUUGAUACACGAAGUUCAUUCUCCAAUCAAAAUGCCGACGAUUCAAAUGAUAUCUUCCGACCGACCCAGGUUAUUGACUACCAGAAUAUGUCGCGAGAACGUCCAGAUACGUCAAGAGAUAAAUGGUCAGGAGAUGAUAUUCUCCGUCCGACAAAAGUUGUAGAUUACGGGCACAAGAAGCAACCUGAUACUGAAACUCCAGGCACAAGAAGACCACAAGGUCAAACAGCUCCACUAAUUAUGACAACAAUUGACUACGGGCAUACGUCGAAGGAUGCAAAGAAAAAUGCUGAUAAGAAGCAAAUUGAGAAGGAAAAGGGCAUGAUGCACAAAUCUAAAAAGCAAUUGCGGCACAUUGCAACCCAAUCUGUUAUUGAGACUGCAAAGAAGCGGAGAAGGGCAAAGGUUGAGACCUUGGAUGAAAUUUACGAGAGUAAUAAGGAAUAUCCCGGAAAAUGGAAUCUCAUUGGGGAGAGACCACCUUUCCCGAGUUUUCCCACCAAGAGAGGCCCAAGAAAGUCACGCAGUGGGAAGAUUUUGCUGCCCAAAGCUCAAAGGAGAGCUGAGAGAGAAGCAAUUAGGAAGGCUCAAGCUGAAAAGAUGGAAUACGAAGGGAUUUCUGAUGAGGAAGUUGAGGAGGAGGAAGAAAAUGAUAUGAUGAAGGAGGAAUCUCUACCGGAUGUGGAUGAAGUCCCAGAAGUGGAUGCAAUACCCGAAAUGGAUGAUGAUUUGCCAGAAGUGGAGGAAGUUCUGCCAACGGCUAAAGAACAAACUGAAGAUGCCCAAUUGAGUGAUACAUCCCUUCCGGAUGCGGAUGAUUUUGAUUUUGCGAAAGAUUUUGAUUUUCCCGAUGCGGAAGAAUUUAUUGUGUCAAAAACAAAGGCUGAAGGUCAAUUAAAGAAGCAAGAUGAUCAGGUUGUGAAGCGGGAAAGUCAGGUUGAGAAGCAGGAGCAGGAGAAUCUAGUGAAGAAGCAGGAAAGUCCGGAAAGUCAGUUGGGGAAGCAAGAAAAUCCCGAGGAUAUUAAAGAAACUGGAGUCCUUGUGAAUAUUACGGACAUUCUUGAUCUUCCAAAUCGCAAGCAACGUCCUAAAAGGAUCGUUUGCAUAAUGCGUGGAGCUCCAGGGAGUGGAAAGACGCAUUUUGCAAAGUUAAUAAAAGAUCGAGAAGUAGAGAAUGGGGGCUCCGCACCGAGAAUCCUUAGUAUUGAUGACUACUACAUGACGGAGGUAGAGGAGAAGAUAAAGUGUCCGGAAACAAAUAAAAUGAUUGACAUUAAGAAGAUGGUUUACACGUAUGAGGAAGGAGUUGAGCAGCAGUAUCGGGAUUGUUUGCUCAAAUCCUUCAGGAAGACCAUUAUGGAUGGAUAUUUUGACUUUAUCAUCAUUGACUGUGUCAACAAGGAACUCCCAAAGUAUCAGGAGUUUGUUAACUUUGGGAAGGCCAAUGGGUUUACGGCAUAUACGUGUGAAAUGACUCGUGAUCCAGAGAUUUGCUUCCAGAGGAAUACACAUGGAAGAUCCAAGGAAGACAUUGAGGGAAUUCUCAAGAAUUGGCCUGAAGUCCCGGCGAGUACAUUAAAAAUUAGUCGAAAAUCUCUGGAAAUUCUCAAUCGGGAGAUUCAGUUGAAGCGAAGGAAGGCUGAAGAGGAAGCAGCUGCAGAGGCUGCAGCUAAGAAAGAAGGAGAGAAGAAGAAAGACUCAACCUCCAUUGACAUGUUUGAGGACUCCGCAGAGUUUGGAUUGUCAAAGAGUAAAUGGGAGUCGGAUCGCUCAGAAGAACAGCUAGCGCGCCUCGAUGGUACGGCGAAACCACUGAGGCAUACAACAAUGGAGGACUUCCUGCAGGAUGAAGAUGAAAUUUUUGUGAGGGAUGCAAAGCCAGGGCAGAAGAGGGUUCGCUGGGCGGAUAUUGAGGAGCGUCGUGCGCAGGAGAAGAUGCGUGCCAUUGGAUUCGUAGUUGGGCAAACAGACUGGAGUAGGAUGAUGGAUCCAACCCAGGGUAGUUCAGCGCUAACGCAGACAAAGUACAUCGAGCGUCAUCCCAAGUAGUCGGCCAUUUUGUUUCAUUUUUUUAAAAUCAUUUUUUCAUUUUUUUUUUAAUUGAAUUUUGCUUCAAAAAAGAAGCAUAAAGCACAUGAUUCAUAAUAUUAUAUUGAUCCCCUCAUCUAUUGAGAUGCUGUGACAGUUGAAGAGGAGAACAAAAAAAUACAUUCUGAAACAUGUA